GCUCCGUGCAGCGGGCAGCGCUCCGCACCGCGCGGCGCUGCGCUGGGCGCCCCGGGCGGCGGGCGCGGGGCACCAUGAUGAGCAACUACCCGGACGGCGAGGAGGACACGGUGGCGCUGCUGGCUCAUGACACCGGCGGCAGCAAGGAGCCGGAUCGGGGCAAGGAGGAGCUGAGCGCGGACAAGGGCCCCGAGAAGCCGGACCCCUCGCAGAAGCCCCCCUAUUCCUACGUGGCCCUGAUCGCCAUGGCCAUUCGGGAGAGUGCGGAGAAGAGGCUUACGCUGUCCGGGAUCUACCAGUACAUCAUCAGCAAGUUCCCUUUCUACGAGAAGAACAAGAAAGGCUGGCAGAACAGCAUCCGCCACAACCUCAGCCUCAACGAGUGCUUCAUCAAGGUGCCCCGGGAGGGCGGUGGCGAGCGCAAGGGCAACUACUGGACCCUGGACCCGGCCUGCGAGGACAUGUUCGAGAAGGGCAACUACCGAAGAAGACGAAGGAUGAAACGGCCUUUCCGGCCGCCUCCGACCCACUUCCAGCCGGGCAAGACCCUCUUCAGCCCCGACAGCUACGGCUACCUGUCCCCGCCCAAGUACUUGCAGUCCACCUUCAUGAACAACUCGUGGCCGCUGGCGCAGCCCCCCGCGCCCAUGCCCUACACGUCCUGCCAGAUGUCUGGUGGGAACGUCAGCCCCGUCAAUGUGAAAGGACUCUCGGGCCCGGCGUCCUACAGCCCCUACUCGCGGGUGCAGAGCAUGGCGCUGCCCAGCAUGGUGAACUCCUACAACGGCAUGGGCCACCACCACCACCACCACCCGCACGCCCACCACCCCCAGCAGCUCAGCCCGGCCAGCCCCGCGCCGCCCGCGGCCCCGGCGGCAAACGGAGCCGGCCUCCAGUUUGCCUGCGCCCGCCAGCCCGCCGAGCUGUCUAUGAUGCACUGUUCUUACUGGGAGCACGACAGCAAACACAGCGCCCUGCACUCCCGCAUAGACAUCUAGGGAGGCUCCGGCCAGCCGCCGUCACAGAAAUGCACCGGCCCCGCUGCCCCUCUCCUACCCCGCCGCGUUCCCCUGCGCUCCGUGUCUCUCCUCCUCGUCUCUAGCCACGGACUUCCCUCUCUCUGUGCCCAAACUCUCGCGGUGGGGAAAUAGCAGCUUUGCCCCGCGCGUAGUGUCAGUGUAGGAGCCGUCCCUCCAUGAGAAGAAGGCAGUGUAAGUGUGGGGGUUCCCCGCGGGGCUGCGCCGGGCAGCGGCGGCCGGGCCGCCUCUCUCCGGGCGAGCGGGGAUUCACCGGGAGUUUCUCUGCUCGUGUGUGUGUUUGUGAGUUGUUGGGUUUGGUGGG